GGAAGGGGGCCCAAGGGCUCGCUAUCAGAUCUACUGUAUUCUCUUGUUUCUACAGUCAAGCAGAGGAUGCAUCGAGCCAGGCGGCAGGUAGCCCGCAGGGCCACCGUAGCCAGGCUGUUGAAUUGCCGAUACAUAUCAUCUCCAAUAUCCAGUCUUCAAUCUCAGUCUCCACCUCUCCGCACUGCGUGCAAAUAUUGCGGCGCCAAAAGCCGUGACAACGAAGCAUGGUCGAUAGUACAGGUUUAGAGGCAACGGACACGUGCCUUCGCCACGACGUCGCUGCAAUACCAGCGUUCGCCAACGUGGUCGGGCUCUGGGUCUGACAGAGGCCGGCCAUGAUCGACAGGAUCUUUGCAAAGCCCCAAUGGCUCACGAACGCCUUUGACUCUACUCCAUCCCAUGCAAUCAUCAGUGCCGGAGCACGAAGAAAGCUCUCCUUUCCAGUUCGGGACGGACUCAUCGCGGUACUAUGAGUGCGAACGCGUCUCAGCUGCAUUGCUCAGAGAGGUCCAGACAGCGCCUGCGGAUAACACGAGUCAUACCGCGUUGGAUGAAGCGGGCAUGUUUCUGACAGACGAUGAAGUUUCGCGAAUCGAGGAUUGGCGAGCGGCUUGGAGACCACGCGAAGAGGACUUAUGUGGGCUUGAUGCAGGAAGAAUGCUCGUCGAAACCGCAACGCAGACCACACCAAGGGAGGGGCAGUUGCACAGGAUGCCAAGUGCCGAUCAUUCACGAUCGCUUGAAAAUCCCAUCGCGCACAGUGCAGAACUGGCGGCUCAGCUCGGAGCCCCUUUGCACUUGCAAAGGCUUAUGCGUGCCAGGCUGACUGUCUUGCAUGUACUGGAAAUGCCCGAGCUGCAGAAAUUCAUGCUCCCAUCUUCGAAAGAGGCACUGUCACAGCUCGAGCCCGACACCAUUCCCGAAGACGCUGUCAUUUCAAGGGCGCAACGGAACUGGGCGACGGUGCGCCCUGGCACGGCACGCAGCGAUCUGAAUCAUGGCCAAACAUUCACCUGCUCUGACAGCGAGCUCGAGCAAAACCCUCCACACAACUACUCCAAAAUCUCGCCACCAGGCACGCCGUUGAAGCCGAGGCUAGCGCGCAAAUCAAUCACCCACGAGCACCUCCCAAUAUUGAGGUGGAACCCGAUGGAUGAUACGAAAAUCUUCGCAGGUCUGGGCCUGACGUUCGAGUCGUCACGCGGACACAGUGGUAGCGAAGUCGAACCAUCGCCUCCUGGCCAGCAAGCAAUGUCAAAGGACUUGAAUUUCCGGCUGGAGGCGCCUCCGAUCUUUUCAGACAUGGUCGGUAAGGAGGCAAAACUCGGGCCUGCGAUGCCUGGAAGGACAAAGGGCAAAGCAAAAGCGACAGCGAUGUCGUUUGCGUCCAUCUACCCGUUCCUCGCCGCCUUCGCGGAAUAUCGAUCCACCCAGUCAACGCAGCAACGUGCCAGCACAGGCGGCAAGUCGGCGCCACCAUCAUCUCAAGUCGAUUUGGAGUCGCGACGUCACAAGCUUCUGACGGAUAUGCGCAAUUCCAAACAAGAUGAUCCGCUGCCAGACGGCACGCCGGCGCAGGACAUGGCGAAGAUCCGGGCAUGGCAGAGGGAGAUGCCAUAUGGGAACAAACUGCGGGAGACCUCAGCAAGUGCUGCUCUCAGCGGCAGCUGCAUCCGCUACAAAAGAAGCGUCGUAGGCGGGGAUCUGACCAACCCCCCGCAGAAGAUCUUCCAGGCGUUGAUCCUCGGCUACUGCGCGACGUUCUCGACGCUGCAGCUGUACCAUUUGUCCAAGCUGGUACCAUCCACGCCGCGACCGCCAGGGAUCUUCUUCAUAUCUCACCAGGAGGCUUGGUGCCGGCUACUUGCUGCUGGCACGGGUCAUCUUGCCGCGCUCUUCGUGUUGACAUGGGCCAUCUGCGCAGAGCCAGGUAUCAUCGAGUGA